CGCGGCAACAGUAUAAGGGUGCUGGUUGGUUUUGUUCUUUUUCUCCUCAUAGUUUCAACGCUGCUUGGGAACAUGCUUGUGUGCGCAGCAGUCAUAAAAUUCAGACACCUUCGCUCCAAAGUGACCAACUUUUUUGUCAUUUCUCUGGCCGUGUCGGACUUAUUUGUAGCAGUUCUGGUCAUGCCCUGGGAGGCAAUCUCGGCGGUCGCUGGUUCUUGGCUGUUUGGACGUUUCUGCGGCAUUUGGAUAGCGUUUGACAUAAUGUGCUCCACUGCCUCUAUCCUUAAUCUGUGCAUCAUAAGUCUGGAUAGAUACUGGGCUAUAGCCAGUCCGUUCAGAUAUGAACGCAAAAUGACACAUAGAAUGGCAUUCAUGAUGAUUGGGUUGGCAUGGACCCUAUCCAUCCUUAUCUCUUUCAUACCUGUUCAGCUCAAUUGGCACAUGGCUGAGGAGGACGCAGAAGACGCACUCAACAUCACUCAGACAGAUAACUGCAAGGCCAACCUAAACAGAACAUAUGCGAUCUCAUCUUCACUGAUAAGCUUUUAUAUCCCAGUGAUCAUCAUGAUUGCCACCUACACCAGGAUUUUUCGUAUUGCGCAAACACAGAUUAGACGAAUAUCGUCCUUGGAGAGGGCAGCCGAGCAAGCGCAGAACAACUUGCAUACCAACGACUGCUCCACUGAAAGCUCACUGAAAACAACUUUUAAGAAAGAGACCAAAGUUUUGAAAACUCUCUCCAUCAUUAUGGGUGUGUUUGUCUUUUGCUGGCUGCCAUUCUUUGUUCUGAACUGCAUGGUGCCAUUCUGCCAAUGCGUCAGCGACACAACUUUCACCAUAUUCGUGUGGUUCGGCUGGGCGAAUUCGUCCCUAAAUCCUGUCAUAUACGCAUUUAACGCAGAUUUCAGGAAAGCAUUCUCCUCUAUUCUGGGCUGCAACAAACUUUGCCCAAGCAACACGGUGGAGGCGGUGAACUUGAGUAAUGAACUUGUGUCUUAUCACCACGACACAACGCUUCAGAAAGACGCACCGCCACUGGUGAUACCACUUCCCCACGAAGUGCUCAGUUCCAGGGAUGACACUGGCCUGCCAUUUGACAAGGAGUCGGUGGCAUCUAACGUGUCCGGAAACCACAAACAUAUGCUGUUGCCCGCAAUUGGACACUUCGAGUGUGAAGGAGAGAUCUCCUUGGACACCAUCACGCCAUUCACCUCAACGGCACUCGAAUGUGAUGGGUUGCCAGGUCAAAUCAGCGAGUAG